AUGGCCGAACAAACCCUUCUCAAAACCCCCCGUCGGUUUCUCUUCAUCGCCUCGUUAGGAAAUAUUCGCCCUUAUCGCCAGACUCGUCACAGUGCUGGGCAUAUCCUUCUCGAUGCAUUGAUACCCCUCCUUCCUCCCCGAGUCCCUCUGGUCUCCUCCAAACAACCUUCUGCCGGCCCCAUCUUCUACAAAACCUGGUAUAGCCCAUCGUAUAUGAACGAUUCCGGACCAAAACUCGCUCGACAGCUGAAAUCAUGGAUGUGCAACACGCAAUCAGAUGGGUUGGGACUUGUGAAACGCGGGGAUGUUGCUCUAUCUCGUGCGGUGGACAUGAGUGAGACGGACAGCGAACAGACCGAAUGGCAACUACGGGGGGUAGAUCCGCGGUCGUUGACGCACUUUCACCCCACACUGGUCAUCUUGCAUGAUGAGUUGGAGGCGCCACUGGGCAAAGUCAAGGUGAGGAUGGGUGGACCGGAACAGGCCAGUUUACGUGGCCAUCGGGGUCUUAUCAGCGUCAUGGAGAGUCUACGCGGGAAGAAGAUGUACCCUCCAUCCCCGAGUCAGGGUGCGCAUGACCGUCUCUCUGUCAUGCGUAUUGGAGUUGGGAUUGGUCGUCCGUCGUCGCGGAAUAAGGGAGAUGUGGCGGAUUAUGUGCUGACGGAGAUGACGCCGGUUGAGUUGGCGGCGGUGCGGGCUGCAGCUGGUUCUGUGGCUGAUCUUCUAGCCGAUGAGCUUUAUCGUGACGAAAACAAGGCUUAA